ACUUCAGUGGAUCCCGCGCUGGGGCCGCGGGCGAAGCUGCCCGCCGUUCCCGCGCUGCGCGCCCACACUCCUCGGCCCUCGGGCGGUCGAUGGGACGGGGCGCCGCGGAGCAGGAGGCAGCGCCCGUCGGGGUGCUUGGGCCGCGCGGGAGCCCACUGGGGGGCUCGGGCAUGGCGGGCCGCAGGACCUGAGCUCUGCCCCGCGGGGAGGCAGCUGCUGGCCGGCGAUGGGGACGGAGUGGGGCCGCCGCCGCCGCCGCGCCGGGCCGUGAGCGCCUCGCCGCCGCCGCCGCCGCCGCCGCUACCUCAGCCCCUCGCGAAGCGCCGGGCAGCUCGGGAACAUGGCCCUGGAGCGGCUCUGCUCGGUCCUCAAAGUGUUGUUAAUAACAGUACUGGUAGUGGAAGGGAUUGCCGUGGCCCAAAAAACCCAAGAUGGACAAAAUAUUGGAAUCAAGCAUAUUCCUGCAACCCAGUGUGGCAUUUGGGUUCGAACCAGCAAUGGAGGUCAUUUUGCUUCACCAAAUUAUCCUGACUCAUAUCCACCAAACAAGGAGUGUAUCUACAUUUUGGAAGCUGCUCCACGUCAAAGAAUAGAGUUGACCUUUGAUGAACAUUAUUAUAUAGAACCAUCAUUUGAGUGUCGGUUUGAUCACUUGGAAGUUCGAGAUGGGCCAUUUGGUUUCUCUCCUCUUAUAGAUCGUUACUGUGGUGUGAAAAGCCCUCCAUUAAUUAGAUCAACAGGGAGAUUCAUGUGGAUUAAGUUUAGUUCUGAUGAAGAGCUUGAAGGACUGGGAUUUCGAGCAAAAUAUUCAUUUAUUCCAGAUCCAGACUUUACUUACCUAGGAGGUAUUUUAAAUCCCAUUCCAGAUUGUCAGUUCGAGCUCUCAGGAGCUGAUGGAAUAGUGCGCUCUAGUCAGGUAGAACAAGAGGAGAAAACAAAACCAGGCCAAGCCGUUGAUUGCAUCUGGACCAUUAAAGCCACUCCAAAAGCUAAGAUUUAUUUGAGGUUCCUAGAUUAUCAAAUGGAGCACUCAAAUGAAUGCAAGAGAAACUUCGUUGCAGUCUAUGAUGGAAGCAGUUCUAUUGAAAACCUGAAGGCCAAGUUUUGCAGCACUGUGGCCAAUGAUGUAAUGCUUAAAACAGGAAUUGGAGUGAUUCGAAUGUGGGCAGAUGAAGGUAGUCGGCUUAGCAGGUUUCGAAUGCUCUUUACUUCCUUUGUGGAGCCUCCCUGCACAAGCAGCACUUUCUUUUGCCAUAGCAACAUGUGCAUCAAUAAUUCUUUAGUCUGUAAUGGUGUCCAAAAUUGUGCAUACCCUUGGGAUGAAAAUCAUUGUAAAGAAAAGAAAAAAGCAGGAGUAUUUGAACAAAUCACUAAGACUCAUGGGACAAUUAUUGGCGUUACUUCAGGGAUUGUCUUGGUCCUUCUCAUUAUUUCUAUUUUAGUACAAGUGAAACAGCCUCGAAAAAAGGUCAUGGCUUGCAAAACUGCUUUUAAUAAAACCGGGUUCCAAGAAGUGUUUGAUCCUCCUCAUUAUGAACUGUUUUCACUAAGGGACAAAGAGAUUUCUGCAGACCUGGCAGACUUGUCGGAAGAAUUGGACAACUACCAGAAGAUGCGGCGCUCCUCCACCGCCUCCCGCUGCAUUCACGACCACCACUGUGGGUCGCAGGCCUCCAGCGUCAAACAAAGCAGGACCAACCUCAGUUCCAUGGAACUUCCUUUCCGAAAUGACUUUGCACAACCACAGCCAAUGAAAACAUUUAAUAGCACCUUCAAGAAAAGUAGUUACACUUUCAAACAGGGACAUGAGUGCCCUGAGCAGGCCCUGGAAGACCGAGUAAUGGAGGAGAUUCCCUGUGAAAUUUAUGUCAGGGGGCGAGAAGAUUCUGCACAAGCAUCCAUAUCCAUUGACUUCUAAUAUUCUGCUAACGGUGAUGUGAAUUCUUAAGUGUGUACGUACGCAGCCUCCAGGGCACCAUACUGUUUCCAGCAACCAACCCUUUUCUCCCAUCACAACUACGAAGACCUUGAUUUACCAUUAACCUAUUGUAUGGUGAUGUUUUUAUUCUCUCAGGCAGUCUAUAUAUGUUAAACCAAUCAAGGAACUUACUCUAUUCAGUGGAAACAAUAAUCAUCUUUAUUGCUUGGUGUCAUUUAUAGGAAGCACUGCCAGUUAAAGAGCAUUGGAAGAGGUGGUUGGAUGGAGCCAGGCUCAGGCUGCCUAUUCGUUUUAGCAACAAGAAGACUGCUCUUGACUGAUACAGCUCUGUCAAUAUUUUGAUGCCACAAUAAACUUUAAGAUUUUUCUUUACAUUUAUUUUUCCUUUCUCUAAAUUUAAUUUGUUUUGUAAGCCUAUAAUUUUACCAUUUCAUUUUCUUACAUAAAUACAAGUGGUUAAUGUACCACAUACUUCAA